AUGUUCGUAUUUCGCUUUCUUAACGUUUCUUCAUUGCCAUGCGGGCGAGCGGCACCCAAACGCACCCCGGUGGUCAUAUUUCUAUGCCCAUCCUCUGUCAUGCGAGCGAGCGUCACCCAUACGCACCUCGGUGUGGACCACACCCCAUUCCCAUCAAACGCGUUUAUGCAUACGAACCCCAUUCCCAUUGGGCGUGUUCCGUUACACGCUCAUGACACGCUCCUCGCACCCACGCGCACCUCGACGUCACCCAAUCUUUCUCCCGUCACGCCAUUCCUAUCGCAUGGGUUCACGACUCCACUGUUAUGGGCUCAUUUUCGCUCCUAG